AUGCCAGCUUUGUACUGGUGUGGUAGGAAAUGGCGUACCUCUUCAGAUGAUUUUACUUUCUCUGGUAUUUUCUUUUUCGCACUUCUUCUGGCGUCUGGUGUUUGCACACUAACACGAUUUGGCCGGGGUGAUGUUGUGAAGAUGUGGGAUUGUCCAGAUGCCUCAGGGACUUUUUCAGGUGUUUACUUUUCUCUCGGAAUUGUUGAUAUUAUUGGUGCCGUAGCAUUCCUCAUUACUGGCGCAUUAAGUUGUCUUGGAACCCCUUUUCAAGUAUCUAAGCGACGUCAUGUACCUUUAUUCCUUUAUCUGACAACAUUUAUAGCGUUAGUGGGAUUCGUUCUUUGCGUGAUUGCAGCAAAGUAUUCCAUGUAUGAUGAUGAAUUUCGUUUUUGUAAAAAUAGUACAAAGCAUUUACUGCAUGCAGUGAUUGCAUUUAAUUUCCUUGUCCCUAUUGUUUAUUUCUUUAUGAUGGCAUUAGUAUUUGAUCCUGAUGGGCGUGAUCAGUGGGAUAAUUUAGAAGAUUAUGAAAUAUUAUGGGGUCAACGAUGUCGUUUACUUUGUUGUUCUUGUUUCAAAUCAAGUCGUGAAGAUGACGCUUUUCGAGAUGUAGCUAAAACUCUUGCAGGUCUUUUUCGUGGUUAUGAUUUAGUUCCAAGUGAUGUGGUUGCAGGAUUACUUCUUGUUAGUGGUAUGCAACUACGUUCUCUUCGACUUCGUCGUGGAAAUAUACGAUACCCACCUGCUGGUGAUGGAUGUUCAGAACGUAUUUCCUUACAAGCACAACGAUUUCCUCUUUUAACAGAAGAACAACGUCAACAGUUAGCAGAGUUACAUACAUAUAGUCGUUUUUACAUGUCUGUAUAUGGUUGGCCUUUAUAUGAAUAUAUGCAUUGCUGUAUUGGUGUACCAAAAUUAUGUUGUUAUGAUCCAUUUAUGUGUUGUCGUCGUCAUCCUGGUAUGCAUACUGGAACAGUACUUUUCUGUGAUUUGACAGCCCUUCUCAAAGUUAGUGGUCUUCCUGAUGAAGAUAUUAUUCUUACAAGUUGGGAGAAUAGACUAUUUCGUCCUGUAUUUUUCGUUGCCCUUGAUAGAAGUACAAAUUCUGUUAUUGUUUCUAUUAGAGGUACAAUGUCUUUUGCAGAUUGUGUAACAGAUUUAGUUGCCACUCCUUCUUUACUAGAAGUAUCGGAGUCCGAGAGAGAGGCUCAUACUACACCAGAUGAUUACUACGUACAUGGUGGAAUGAAACAAAGUGCUGCCUAUGUUCUUAAUGAAUUACAAGAGACUGGAAUACUUCAAGAUAUUCUAACUGGUCAAUAUAAAAAUCAGAAACUUGUCAUACUUGGUCACUCUCUCGGUGCUGGAGUUGCCACUAUUCUUAGUAUAUUAUUACAUACAACACAGCCUCGAUUGCGUGAUCGUAUUCGAUGCCUUGCUUAUGCACCUCCUGGAGGAUUGUUAUCCCCAGCUUUGGUUUCUUACAGCAAAAGUUUUGUAUUAGGUUGCUUCGUUGGUAAUGAUGUUAUUCCUCGAAUGGCUGCUCAUACGUUUGAUAAUUUACGGGAAUCUAUAUUUGAUGCACUUGCCAAUUCAUCUUUACCAAAGUCUUUGCUAUUUAUAAAUAUUCUUCGUAUUGAAAAAAUAGUUAAUGGUACCUCACCUUCAGCUAACGGAGGUUCUUUAGAGAGUUGUACGUUCCGAAAUGCUCUUCGCAAUUACACACACACAUCACUGACAGAUUCGAAAAAAUUAUUUCCUCCUGCUACACUUAUACACUUUUGCAAAGCUGUUGUUCGAGGGUGUUGCUCACGUUGCCUUACCCUUAAUCGUUUCUUUUGUGUAUGCAAGUGCAAAGAGGUCUUCGUUCCCAAGUUUGAAACUCCCUCAGAUGUACAGGUGGUGGUAUGCGCUCCUUCCAUGUUAAAGGAUCACUUCCCUGAUCGUCUCUUCUCUGUCAUUGAAGAAACCCACAAGCAACUGGAAAGCGGAGAAUUAGAGCGUUUCUUUUCCACGCAAGAGGAUGAAAUCGCUUAUCUUGGUUCUGCUCGUAGUUUUAGUCACGAUGAUGUGACGUGUCUUGUGUAG